UGCAUGUGACACGAACUUUGAGGUGACAGCCAUAAAAACAAACCUUGGCUGCGGUGACAUAGACAUCUCUUUGGGACAUAAUCACACUUUACGGGCAAUAAAUAUCGCUCCAGAGUAGAGACGAAGUCAUUGUGUUUUUAAUCGGAGCCUGAGUUUGUUCAAGAUCGACGUAAGUUUAACCUCAGCAAAACUGCGUUUGCCCUGUCAGGUAACGUCAAAAUGAAGUUGUCGUGGUAACUGUAGGAAAUGACUUCCAAGUUGUUUUAUUACAACUUUAACAGAGUUACCGCGAAUAGGUAGGAGGCUAACUUAAAUAUUUUAAACACAGAACAGUAACUGCUUUGACAACUUGCUAUUGCUUAACUCUGCCUGCGGGCUACAACGUUAAGCACCUUAUUCUACGUUACUGAGAACUAGCUGCCGGUUUUCGCUGUGCUCGAAGUUACUCGAUGAGUCGGUAGGCAGUUAGACUCUCUUAAAUUCGUGGAAAAUUAGACAUGAUUCCGUUGGAUGCGCCCUGGAACAUUUCCUUCGCCGGUUGCGGGUUCCUGGGGAUCUACCACAUCGGAGUGGCCAGUUGCCUGCAAGAGCAGGCGCCAUUUCUCGUGGAAAAUGCUCGACACAUCUACGGCGCCUCCGCCGGGGCCCUUACCGCUGCUUCCCUGGUCAGUGGAUCAUGCAUGGGUGAGGCCGGCGCGAGCAUCAUUGAUGUCGCUAAGGAGGCCAGGAAGCGUUUCCUGGGCCCACUGCACCCGUCCUUCAACCUGGUGAAGAUCAUGAGGAGCCUGCUGUACAACGUCCUGCCCGCCGAUGCCCACCAGCGUGCCACCGGGCGCCUGGGCAUCUCCCUCACCCGCGUCAUAGACGGGGAGAACGUGCUGGUGUCACACUUCAACAGCAAAGAGGAGCUCAUCCAGGCGUGUGUGUGCAGCGCCUUCAUUCCUGUGUACUGUGGUCUUAUUCCUCCAACCCUGCAGGGAGUGAGGUAUGUGGAUGGAGGGAUCUCUGAUAACCUUCCUCAGGAUGAUCUGAAGAACACCAUCACGGUGUCCCCCUUCUCCGGGGAGAGCGACAUCUGUCCCCGUGACGACACGUCCACCAACAUGCACGAGCUCCGCUUCACCAACACCAGCAUCCAGUUCAGCCUGGGCAACCUGUACAGGGUGUCAAGAGCCCUCUUCCCCCCCGAGCCACAGAUGAUGAAGACUCUAUGCAAGCAGGGAUACAAAGAUGCCCUGCGCUUCCUCAAACAGAACGGGCUGCUGCAGUUCCGGAGGCCUCACCCUGUGCUGGGCAUUGGAGGCGUAGGGGAGGAGGAGGAAGAUGAGGAUGAGGACGAAGAGCAUAAGGGCGGAGAGGAGGACCCUCAGGGGGGCGGAGCCACGUUGGUCCUCACACCCUUAAACAUUCUGGAGGAGCACAUCUUUGAGCACCUGCCCCCCAAACUGCACAGAGCUCUGGUAGAGGCCUGUAGGGAGAGGAAGGGUCUGAUCCAGUCGCUAGGCAACAUGCUGCCUGUCAGGAUGGCUUCAACUCUCCUGCUGCCGUGCACACUACCCCUGGAGUCAGCUGUGUCUGUUGCUGUCAGGUUGUUUGAGUGGCUUCCUGAUGUGCAGGAGGAUGUGUUCUGGCUGAAGGAACAGACUCUGAAGGUGCUGCACUCCGCUAUUCUACAGACCAGGAAGACUGUGUCACAGCAGGUCUCUGCACGUUUCUCGUACCAUGUGGAGUUGAGUCACGGUCGGAGUGUGUCGUCCUCGUUGCCCACCCACCUGCUGCCAGGCUGGGUGUGUGAGGGGGGUUCGUCCGUGCUGGACGCCAUCCUCUGCCUGGACCGGUACCCCCGCCAGCUGCUGCCCAGCCUCUUCUGCGUCAACCUGGACCUGUGGGGCUCCAUCAGCACCACCUCACACACACACACGCACACACACGCUAGUGCGCACUCGUCGCAAGGUCUCGCGCACACACACUCCAGUAGGGAAGAUGGCAUGUGCGUGUCGAAUCCAUCUGCUUCUACGCCUUAGCACCCAACAGCAGGGCCUCCUCCUGGAGGACUGUGAUAUCCCAUCAUACACCUCUUCCAGGAAGUGGCAAAGUGUGUGUGUGUGUGUGUGUGUGUGUGUGUGUAUCUGUCUGUGUGUUUGUGUUGUGUUGUAUUUAUUGAACCUGAUGCAGUGAAUGUAACCAGUGGACCAGAUCCGCUAGCUGGAGGGGACGAGACUGUGUGUGUGUGUGUGUGUGUGUGUGUGUGUGUGUGUGUCUGUGUGUGUGUGUGUGUCUGUGUGUCUGUGUGUGUGUGUCUCUGUGUGUGUGUGUGUGUGUGUCUGUGUCCUUUAGGAUACAUCUCUGGAGGGGAUGAGACUGACAGUCAGGAUCACUCAGUAGUUUCUCUAAUGAUGAUGACGGACUUGAUGGAGACUGGCGUUCAGUGACCCAGUGGGUGUGUGUGUUCGGAGAGAACCACACCGGUGUGUAGAAGGCGAGGCACUGGUCAUCAGUCACCAGUAUGAAGGCGACGCACUGGUCAUCGUCUGUGUGGGCGACUGACUGUAGUUAGGUGUGUCAGAGGCCUCUCUCACUCGCUGUACUUCAUCAUGAACUGGCAGUGUCUGCAGAAACAGAAGCAGACCUAGACCUGGUCCUGGUCCUUGGGCUAAAACCACAUGGGGUCCCUCCCUAACGCAGGACUAAACCUGACAGUGGCCCAUCAAGCAGAAGCACAGCACAGCACAGCACAGCACAGCACAGCACAGCACAGCACAGCACAGCACAGCACAGCAUGCAAACAAGCAAUGCAACUACUAAUGCAGUAUUAGAAAUGUGAAUCUGUCAUGUAUGUAUGUUUCCUUACUUAGAGUUUAUUCUAAAGGGUCAAACACGUAGGGGAGACCAGGGGCAGGUGUAACACAGGGUAGUUGUAAUCUGGGGCAGUUGUAAUAUGGUGGCAAUUAUAAGACAGGGGCAGUUGUAACCUCACAACUCACAGACAACAUGUCUGAUGGCAUCAGCAUGCUACGUUCAAAACGUCAGCUUGUAUCUCAGUCUCUGUCUGAAGUUAGGCCCGUAGAAGGAAGCGGUUUGUGGGGCAAAUGUGUCACUUUGAAGUUUUGCACGAGAUUUUGACUGGUUGCACGAUUGAUACCUUUUGACAGGAAGACAAGUAGCAUGUGGUUCAGUGAUUCCCAAACUAGAUGCUAGGGUAAUUAUUAGCACCGUGCAGUGGCCCUCAUUUCACAGGGCAAAUGUACAGAUGAAAGGUGUGUAUGCCUAUAGGUUCAGAUGAUAGGUGUGUAUGUCUGUAGGUUCAGAUGAUAGGUGUAAUUUAAAGCAGAAAGUGUUCCAACUGUACCUGGUGUCUCAUAAGUACUUUGUGCUGCUAUAGAACCUGGUGUGAAUAUGGCUUCAGUUAGUGUUAUAGAUUACGCUGGAUUAUGCUAGAUUACGCUGGAUUACGCUGGAUUACUGGACGUGUAUUUGGGUAGGUGGGAAGGGCGAAGGUGUCACGCUACAGGGAGAUGAGUAGGAUCAUUGUUCAUGUCUUUUGGAGUCGGAAAUGUCCUUAGAUGAAACAGUUUGGUCUCAGACUGGCCAUGUCCCAGUAUAGUGGACGUCUAGGGCUGUAGUUCUGUCUAGACGGGACACUGUGUGUGUUGGAGAGGAGAAGAGAAGAGAAGAGAAGAGAAGAGAGAGUGGGAAAGGAACCAUAUAAAGGGGAAUUCUAUGUUGGUAGUUUGCUUUCAAAUGAAUCAGUUUUAAUAAAUGUACUUCUGUGAUUUUUUUAAAAGUGUAACUUCACCCCCAGCUCUGAGCCUAACUCUACCCACUGAAUCAUUGCUUAAAACUGGGUCUUGAUCUGAAAGGGGGGGGGGUCUGAAAAUGAAAAUGAGACUCCCACUCACAGCUGUCAUGUCAUGAUGUAGAGAAGUCCCAAAUGGUUACCUCUACGUCAGCAUCAGCCUUGCAGGAUUCAGGAUGAAUUUUUCAUUCACUUUCACUUGCUGAUCUGUAGAUGGCGUGUUGAGCCCUUUUCAACCCAUAAAAUGCCAAUGUUUGUAAGCAUUUUAAAUGUGUCAAUAUUAAUACCAGUGUUGAUGUGUUUCAGCACAGUUUAGUCAUAUCGUUUAGUUUACAGCUGGGGGAAAAAAAAAAAAUUUUAGGGUGCAGUUACACUUUAAUGUUUGGAGAAAAUGUGAUUCAAGAACAUCAAUGUAAUAUAAUCAGGGCCUUCAAGAGGGAUGAAAUGUUAUAGAGUUUGAAUCAAUUAUAAGCACUGUUGAUCUAUCAACAUAAUUGUAUAGGUGGGCCUACCUCUUUUGUAAUUCUAAAGCUUUUAAUAUCGAAUUGUAUAUAAUACUGCUUGUGGUAUGUUAUCAUCUAUAUUCCUUAGUCAUACAUGAACGUACGUAUGCUUUGUGCUAAAUGAGAUGUUGCAUUAUAUAUAUAUAUAUAUAUAUAUAUACCUGUAUAUGUAUGUGUGUAUAUGUAUAUAUAUACCUGUCUGUCAUAAGAAAAGUAUAUGUGGAGUAUUAAUGUGAACUGUGACUCAGGCAGCAGGCAGACUGGCCUGACCUCUGCUCAUGAUGUUUCUCUGUAAUAAAAAUGAUUGUGUCUUUCGCGAGAAUACUACUCUUCAGGAUGAUCUGGUAAUAAAAGUCAACCAAUCAAUCAAA